UUCAAUAAAUACACAAAUUGUCUACAGCAGUUUAUGAGCCGAAAGUCAUUGAAGUAGAAUUAUUAUUUACCUGUUGAUUUCAUUAAAACCGGGUAAAAUAAAUGUUCCAUACCACAACGAUUGUACAGACAUUUUAAUAUUGUGCGGACAUCACCACAUUAAUUCCAAUUUUGCCGCGAGAUCACCUCAGAUACAUUGUUAAAUCAAGAAUAGCAUACGUAUUCCUGCGAUCAGCCCACUUGAAAACUCACACGUAUUUGAGCCAAAUGCCAAAGGAACAAGAAUAGGAAUAUGAUCUGUGAUUGAGUUGAUCAUGGUUAUUUCUGUGCGAGUUUAAACACUAGGACAAAUCAGUAUCGAAGACAGGAGCAUUUUAUCAGUUGGCGCUCACGUUAUUCCAAACCUUCAAGUAUUAAGGCGAUAAAGCAUUGCAUCAUUGCAGUAUUGGUUGGCCCAUGAAUGACAAUCCGUACUCAUUUCACACUUGACCAAAAACAAAAACAUUGUGUGGACACUUACUCAUUCAAUUCAAGUGAUCAAGUCAAAACCGGCAAAAACAAAAUUUCCACUUAACGCUAAGUUUGAAUCAAUCUGAAUAUUUGCGUCAACAAAUAUCUCGGGACCAUGGAAACGAUGAAAUUGACCGAUCUAAAUUUUGAUUGUCUGGAAAACAUUCUCGAAUAUUUGGAGCUGGUUGAUCUGUUGAAUGCGGCGGAUUCGUGCAAACGACUGAAUAAAGCUGCUGAGCUCGUAUUCGAUCGUAAGCAUGGCAAGAAAACGGUGUCGUUUGGGGAAAUGCAAAUUUCUACUCUUCGACUGGUUAAAUAUAAAUUCGGAGAUAUUCAUGUCAAUGAUUUGAAAACCGGUUUGCAGUUGUUACGCUGCCUUGGUCGCGUGAUCCAUAAAAUAUGCUUCGAACAACUAAUCUUCGAAGAAAGUAUUCAACUCGAAAUAGAUCGCAAAUUGGCAACUUAUGUAAAUGCUUAUUGUGCGGAAUACCUAAAAGAAGGUGAUUUUCAACGGAACGGCGUGCUAGAGUAUUUUGAUAAACCGUUUCCAAAACUUCGUGGAAUUCAUGUCUUGGAGUGCAAAUUUACCGAAAUCAAUCGCAUCAAACGACUAUUUCCAAAUCUGGAAUCUUUGAUGUGCAGCCAUUACGAAGAUGUGUCAUUUUAUAACACAAAUGCAACUCAUUUUCCCCGUUUAAAAAGUCUGACGUUUUUUGAAUUAGGCUACGAUCCAAUUUCUGAUGUUCGUCACGAACAAAAUCUUCGCAAUGAAAUGGUGUCGGAAUUCUUGAAACUAAAUCCACAGUUAAAGGAGCUGCAUGUCAGUUCAUUUGCUCUUGCCGACAGUUAUUUGACUAUAGAUUUGAUUCGGAGUGAAGUCGAUAAUUUACAGAACAUUGAAUCUCUUUACCUUGAUCUAAAGCCCAUCACAGUCCACGACGAUAUUGACAAUAUCAUUCACAUGAAACGUGUAAAAACAUUCAUAACUUCUCUUCGUCACUAUAAUAAUGAAUGGCCAACGUGUUCAUUACCAUUUUCAUUUGAAAAACUCGAGAAGUUCGACGUUUCUCCUCCGAAGCAAAUUGAAUUCCUUCCGAAUUUUUUUGAAGAUUUCUUCAACUUCAUUGACAAAUUCCCAAAAAUAACCGAUCUAUCGAUUAGUUCAUAUGAAAAUUCUUCUGCUAUGGACUGGUCGAGAUUGACGAGAUCUUUGCCGUUACUGGUCACCAUUUCGAUACAUAUCUCGUUUUCAACUGAUGAAGCUAUCGAUUUUAUGGCUAAAUUUCCACUGUUGAGAAAAUUCAAUUUCAUGCUAAGUGAUCUCGAUGAAUUAGAGUAUUUAUGCCAACGUUUGGGCAAAAAAUGGAGAGGAAGAGAGUUGUGGAAACGCAGACGAUUCGUCCAGCUCAAAAGAAUAGUUUAAAUAUCAUAGCAAUCGAUAAAACUAAGAUAGGAGUUCCCAUUUGAAUUGAAAUAGAUUUUCAUAAGAUUUGAAACAAAGAAAAAAACUUUAGAAAUAAUCUUUUACCAAAAUCAUCUGAUCAAAAUAUAGCAAAUAAAUGCAUUUUCAUAAAGUUAAAUCUAUCCAAAAUUGAGUUUUACAAAUAAAAUAUGAUAAUUGCCUUUGCAUAUGAAUUAAAAGUCGCAUAAUAUCAAUCGUCGAUUCAUUUUAAGAAAAAUUGCCUUAGCAUAGUUCUUCUCUCAUUUUAAAAUGAAUGUUUUCCCAUUAUGUAUUAAUCUAUCCGCUAUUUGAAACACAUUUUUUUUCAAAAUAAAAUCUUCUUAAUUAAAAUAAAUUAAAAAAA